UUUGUGCGAUCAAAUGUGAGACAAUAUUCAGGCGUCACGCAUCCGUGCGCCACGCAUCCGUGCGCCACUAUAGGUUUCAUACUCUGCAAGCCAUUGCUGUGAACAGUGUAUUAAGCGUCCUGUUAGGAGUCAGUGGACACAGUACGAUUGUUACAAAGGAUAAGUAGGGAUUGAACCUAUAGAUAUACCAAAUCGUGUGCUAUAACCAUGAGCGAGCCUGGAAACACCGAGGUUAAAGCUAUUUCUCUGUUUAAUGGAAUAUGGAAAACGGUUGAGUCGGUGGAUUAUGAAGAUUUUCUGAAGGCGGUUGACGUCGGCAUUACAUGGAGGGUACUUUCAUCAGGUUCGAAGCCUUCUAUUGAAAUUGCGAUAAAUGGAAAUCAGUGGACUCUAAAGACGCACACGUUGUUGAAAACGCAUGAGUUGAAAUUCACACUCGGUGAAGAAUUCAUUGAGACAAGACUCGAUGGCGUCAGGGUAAAAACUACAUGUACAUUAGAAAACGGAAAGCUUGUUCAACGAAGUUUAGGCGAUAAGGAGAUCAUAAUCGUUCGUGAACUUCAUGGCGACGAUUUACUCAAGACCACUUUUUCAUACAAGGAUAUUACGGCCAUUAGAGUAUAUAAAAGGAGUACCCGAAUUACACGUUAAUUUUACCUUUGUUUCUUUGGCAAAAAAAUUAUUAUACCGCAAAGACAGUAGAUAGGAACAGAUCUGUUGUCCAAUUUAACUAUCUCAAUGUCUACUAAUUUUAAUUGAUCGAUAGGCUUAGAUCAAUGGUAUUAUACUUAUUUUGCCAUCACUCUAUAUACUCAAAGUACUUAGGUUACCACGGUUGUAAUAAAAAUACUUGGGUAAAGUGCA